AUGGCGCCUGCACAGCCACUCUGGCUUCGUUGUGAAACCAAAACUGCCGAGCACAGGUCGGCAUUGACGCCAACGACGGCAAAGAAGCUCAUUGAUGCAGGCUUUGACAUAACCGUUGAACGCGAUCCGCAACGAAUCUUCGAUGACAGCGAAUUUGAAAAGGUCGGCUGUCAUCUUGCUGACUACCAUACAUGGCCGAGUGCCCCACGCACGACGCCUAUUCUAGGUCUUAAAGAACUCGACACGCCAGGACCCGAUCUGGAGCAUACGCACAUCCAGUUUGCACACUGUUACAAGCAACAAGAUGGCUGGGUGGACGUACUCGCACGCUUCAAGCGAGGCGGUGGCAAGCUCUAUGAUCUCGAGUUCCUCGAAGAUGCAAAUGGACGACGUGUUGCAGCUUUCGGAUGGCACGCUGGCUUUGCAGGUGCGGCUCUUGGUCUGUUGGCCUUGGCUGAGCAGGUGCAAGGCCGGCAGCUGGGCAAGCAGACCAUGUAUCCAAACGAAUCAUCCCUUCUCGAGCAGACACGUGCGGCCGUCGAAACGAUCCGCGCUCAUCGUUCAGACGGGCGUGUAACAUCGCUUGUGAUUGGUGCUUUAGGACGCUGUGGACGUGGCGCCAUUGACUGUCUGGAGAAAUCGGGCUUCAAAGCAGACGAAAUUGUUCGGUGGGACAUCCAAGAAACGUCGGCCAAGAGUGGACCAUAUCAAGAAAUUGCCAAUUCGGACUUGUUUAUCAACUGCAUCUACUUGUCGAAGAAGAUUCCACCAUUCAUCAAUCGGGACUUGCUUGCCGCCGCUGGCUCACAACGGCGCCUCGGUAUGAUCGUCGACGUCAGCUGCGAUACGACGAAUCCAAACAACCCAAUCCCCGUAUACUCAGUAAACACGACGUUUGAAAAACCAACCGUGCGUGUGGAUGGCGUUGACAACCUCGAGGUGAUCUCGAUCGAUCACCUGCCGACCUUGCUGCCGCGUGAAUCCUCCGAAGCGUUUUCCCACGACCUACUUCCUUCCCUUCUGCAGCUACCACUAAUUCAAGGUGACGACGGACCGGAUGCACUGGCACAGGACCACGCUGAGGGAGAAGGCGCUGUCUGGGCUCGUGCUGAAAAACUAUUCCGCCAUCAUCUUGCUGAAGCCGAAAAAAAUGGUGCAUAA